UAACACUUUUAUUUUGAAGGCUGUGCCCGGAAGCCUGGUGUGUCUCUCGCUGCCGUAUGACAGUCAGCUGUUGAGAGAGGAGCCGCAAUGUCGCUGCAGUUUACAGAUGAGGAGUUUCAGAAAGCAUGGAGGGAGCUGGACGAGCCGCAGCUGGAGGGAGGAUGGGAGCUCUUCACCGAGACGAUGGGGAUCAGAAUCUACCGGCUCUACGACAAGGACACUGGACUUUAUGAGUACAAAAUCUUUGGUGUGCUCACCACCUGCACGUCAGAGCUGUGUGCAGAUGUCUACAUGGACUUGACCUAUCGGAAACACUGGGAUCAAUAUGUGAAAGAACUCUAUGAGAAAGACUUUGAUGGACAUGUGGCAAUUUACUGGGAAGUGAAAUACCCAUUCCCUCUGUCAAACAGAGACUAUGUGUAUGUGAGGGAGCGGAGAGUCCUGGACAUGGACGGCAGGAAGAUCUGGGUGAUCCUGGCCAGGAGCUCUCCGGAGACGCCGUGUGCAGAGAGGCGUGGUAUACUGCGGGUCAACACCUACAAACAGAGUGUCGCCUUGGAGAGCGACGGUGCCUGUGGAACUAAAGUUUUCCUUCAUUACUUUGACAACCCCGGUGGUAUGAUUCCCACCUGGCUGGUGAACUGGGCAGCUAAGAGUCUCAAUCCAGGGUUUUUAACAGACAUGCAGAAGGCCUGCAGCAAUUACAAGGACUACUGUCAGAAGAAAUGAAUGCAACUGACAGGACAGGGGCUCACGCACAAGGGCUUCAAUCCACCCUCUUUAGUUUUAGGAGGUGUUUUGAUGAAAUUGUCUUCUGUAUGGGAUGAAUGUCACAUGGUGUGGGCUGCUACUUGUAGCUUGGUGUGUUGACUCAGGCAUGAUGUGCAUGACCAGCUACCUUGCUUAGUAUGCUGGUGUGAAUCAGUUCUUUUACAUUGUGCUGUAUUAACUAUUACUGUCUUUUCUGUGCAAUCACUGUAAACUCCAGUUUCCUAUGGGACUUGUGAGAGUUCAUGUUUUUAAAUCAGAUGUCUCCACAGAAUGCUCAAAUGUAUUAUUAGUUUGGGCCAAAUGUGCUGAACCAAUGAUUAGUGAAAGCUGCUGUUUCUUGCACUAGACAUCGUCACAUGUCCUUGUUCUAAAUUUGAUUACUGCACAAGUUAAUGUGACACAUGCAUUUUCAUUUGAUUUAAUGUAUUUUUGUUUGCUCUGGAAAGUUCUUAUUGUCCAUUUCAAUUCAAUUAAUGGUGUGAAAAUGACACAUCUGUGCUUUUAGAGGAAUGUUUUAUGGUAUACCUGAUUUUAUUUCAUGGGCUGUUUGCUAUGCUGAUUUAUUAUGGGUGCAUAUGGUCAAACAUACAGUAUAUGUGCUAAUACUGUAUUCAUUUGGGUUGUACCUCAGUUCCUUGAUACAGGUGAAUAUGGUUUAAUUUAGUCAUGAAAGAACCUAUUAAUGUGUAAUAUUGCUGUGUUAUAGAAUUGAGUAAACUUUUAAUUGAAAUUUAGAGGUAUAAAUUGUGACUUUUCUCCUGGAUGCUGUUGCUGUCACAUCUACUAUUCCAAGUAAAACAAUGAUCUAAAAAGGUCAGUUGGUGUGUGCACUGUCAUGUUGUUACACAUACAGUAUGGGAUGCUAUCAUAGUAUUAUACACUAAUGACUCCUAACAAAAAUGCAGCGUUUGACACUGACCUCGAAAAAUAAAGUUGAUACACUCAGUUCCCAGUUUUUAAGCCCAUUUAUAUGUUAGUAAAAUGAACACAGUCUGAUACAGCAAUCCAGCAAAUCAUUAUAAUCUUCAGUUGGUGUUAUUUACAGUAUCCUAGCCUUGCUGAUACAAAUGAGCUGGAUAAACUUUAUUAUCAUUUUGGAGGAUGUUGUUUAUGGUGUAGUUUUUGGUGUAUUUUCACUGGUUACUAUAUUUAUUCUGAUAUAACUCGGCUGGACUAAACGAUAGCGUCACCUGUCAGUUUAGCACAUUACGAUUCAACAGCACCUCCAACUACAUCCUCCAAAAUGAUCAUACAGUGCCACUUGUUUUACUGCAUCUUGAUUGCUGAUGUUGGAAGCCUAAUUUCUUUUAGCAGGGGAAUUGUUUUGGUUCAGGUGGGUACUAAAGAAGCAUAGCCAAUCUUCAGUUGAAGCAUACAAAUAACGUCCCUUCAUAUUUGAAAUCAACAUAAAAAAUCAAGGCAUCAGAGUAUGUGAACAGCCACAUUUGCUUAAUAGAUUUAUAGAAAACAACUCAAAAAGAAUCCAAGUUUGAACUUGCAACACAAAGCUUUCAGCGUUUUGGAUUUUUGGUAUCGACCGCCAUGUUGUAAAGGACGAACUGGCCUGAAUUACAGAGAAGUAUUAUUAUGAAGAAGAUGUUAUCAAAAUAUCUCUUAAAUCAGCAGUUUAAAAAGUCCAUGGCAUGCCUUUCUGUUUUCUCUGACUUGCCUACAGUGUUAAAAUGUAAAUUAUCAUCUUAAACAUGACUGAAAGCUCAAAAAACAAGGUGUAUCUACAGUAUGUUGCUGUACUGCUAUGCAGAAGCAAUUCAGGUUAUACAAGUUUCUUGAACUCUUGCUGAUAAAACUUUUUUUUAGUCUUCUGCGAUAGUUAUGGAUUUUCUUGAAUGGUCAUAUUCUCCAGGCAGUGCUCGUUCAUGUGUGCUUGCCUGACAUCGCACUUUUACCUGACCGGGUCUAACAUGGCCUGAAUAGAGGCGCUGGAAACCUAAAAGCAGCUGACAAGUGAAGCACCCUGGGCCAAAGAAUGAUCAGAUGAUCAACUCCAGAGUCCCCCAAAGCACAGUACCUGUUUGUUUUGAUGGCUUGUGGCAGGUUUUAUCAUUCUGAAAUAAUUACAGACUAUUUGGAGUUAUGAUGUGUGGAAGCUAAUCUAGAGGUACCCAAGGUUAAACAUUAAAUAGCUGGAAAUGAACAUGCCAUGGGAUCCUUAAUUUAGACUAGUGAAAAUUUCUACUGACAAUUGUACAUCACAACACUGUUUCAUAUGGGCUGUGCCAGUUGUAAGUUCUUGCACAACAGGCUUUUAUUUUAUUUUAUUUUUUUACAAGUGAGCAUUUAUAGAAAUGAGUGAUUCCAUUUUUGAAGCAGAUUAAAUAAGACAGUAACCUAUUAAGGUGAGAUGUAUUGAUUACUCAAUUCAACAAGCCAACAAAACACCUGAAUAAAGUACCCAAACCAUGAAACAAAUUUACAUCACUAUCCAUCCCAGUCAUAGCCUGUCUACAGUAGUUAAACUAUGGGUGUAAAAUCCUUUCAUAACUAGCCACAAAUGUGUAUUCAGCAAUUUACAAAUGCAGUCAAGGUCAGAAAACUGUAAAAACCAAUUUGUGUGUGUCACAUGAAGGCUACAAAUGUGUUGAUCUACAAAUAAAAUCCCGAUUUACAGAUGUGUAAAAACAAUCUUCUGUGUGCAGUUCUUAAAGUGUAUAUACAGAUUGUUAGAUGUACAUGCACAGAUCACCUGACACACAUGAAUCAUGCUACGCUUGUGUGUGAGGGUUUUUUUUUUUAGAUCCAUAAAUAUGUGGUGCAUUUGAUAACGAGUGGAAAACAGGAAUAUCACAUCAUGGCACCACAUAUGGCUGCCUUGGUAGUGCACGUUCACAUGUGUUUGUUGUUUUUCCUCAUUUUCUCAGACUU